UCAAAUUAUGCCGCUGCUCGUCCUAGAUACACAGAAGACCUCCUGAAUAAAAUAUUCGAGUAUCAUAAAAGUGGCAGUGCUUUAAGUGUAGAUUUAGGUUGUGGUCCUGGUACUAUCACCAGCUACCUAUCAGAGCGUUCGAAUCAUGUACUGGGUGUAGAUCCAUCUUCUAAUAUGUUGAACGAAGCAAAGAAGCAAUUGGAUGGACUAAAGAAUGUCGAAUUACAUCAGGGACUUGCCAAUGAACUCCCAAGUUUACUAUCUGAACCAGCUGACCUCAUCGUUAGUGCUCAGGCUGCUCAUUGGUUCCAUAGUCCACCGAAUAACACCUCAAAUUGCGGUCUAUGGAAGGACAUCGGUGCAUCGCUCAGAUCUGGUGGUUCAUUAGUGUACCUUGUUUACGGUGACAUAGAAGUGCUAAACUAUCCUAACUUGAGUGCAUUUCAACGUGUUAAAGAUAUCUUGCAACCUUAUUGGCAACAGCCUGGUAGGCGAUUCCUUGUUAAUCUACUUCGAGAUGUAGAAUUCCCGGAAUGGGGUGUCAACACUCAAAGGCAGUUCUUUGAUAAAGAGACUGGCUAUGUACUCAAAAAUAGUACCUCAAUCAGCGCAUUCUCUGAGUAUAUUUCGACGUGGUCUAGCUAUUCCAAAUAUCUGGAACAGUCAAAUGCAAAUACACAACUUAUAGAACAGCUCAACAAGGAUAUCAAAGAGGAAGUUGGUGGCGAUAAACCCCUAGAAAUAGCAUUUCCAGUGGCAUUAUUUAUGUGUCAAAAAGAAUAAUGGGUAUAGAUGUACGUUUUGAUAAUUUAUGCCUCCGUGUCAUUCUCUUUCUGAUCAGUUUUUGCUGGUUUUUUUGCGAAGAAACCGUCCAAUUUCAUCAUCUUUCUAGUAUCUACUUUCUUCAGCUGCUCUGAGCCCCUGGUACCCUUCGCUGGUUUCUUCUGCUUGUCAUCGUUAUCUAGUUCUUUACCUUCGUCAUAUCCUUUGUUUGAACGGAUGAGAGUAUCAGAUUUGAAUUUUUCCUUGCUAGCUUUCUCCUCGUGUGCGUCUAAAUCUGGCAUCGGAUGCCUUUCCUUGAUCUGGGCGUGUAGACUUCUUGGUAUGCUAUACAAAAUGGUGUCAAUGAUGUUUUUCUUGUAUGAUUGCAAUGUUAAUUCUGGUGUCAGUAAAUGAUGGGGUGACGGUUCAAGCGACUUGAUGUCUCUCUCUGCUGUGAUGACGCUCAAGCAUCUGCUUAUCUUUCUAUCAAUAUAUUCCAUGAACUUUUCAGUCGAGAAUUUGUAAACCAAUUCAUCCUCGGAUAAUUCCUUACUAUCGCAGCAUUUAUCAGUCACAGACUUUAGUGCAUCUGAUUCGAGCAAGGGUAGAAGAUCUCUAGAUUCUGGGAAUGUAUUCCUGAGUGUGUCUAUAACAUCGUCAUAUCUACUAUAAGUAUUCCUAACAUACUCUGGUAUAGACAAUAACAACGCCGAGAGAAUGAAAGUAGGAUCAAGUGGAGUUGCAGUGAUAAGGUGAGGAUCAGAGACAACCAAUUGGUCAACAAACCAGCACCUUCGAUCCUCAUUACGCGCUUGAAUAGCAUGCAAUUCGUAUAUUUUACUACUUGUUGCUGAUAAUGCUACUAAAAUUGAUUGAUUGGUGCAUAAUGGACGCGGUACAUUCAACAAUGUCGCUUUACCGCGUUCAUUGAAGCAAUCGUCAGGUAAGGCUAUUAGCUUGUGUGACAUCCCUCUUCGCUGUUACCUUGAUACCAAAAUGUUGCUUCAUAAUGCGCCGAAAUAGGAAAUUCAUUUACGUGAAUUUAUUCCGAACUGGAUAAUUAAAGCUUAUUCAUCCACUAUGAUCGCCAAACUUGCCCUUUUGGCUUCUAUCGCUUCAGCUGUUAUAGCUGCACCCGUUACUUCUCAAUUUAAUAUCAAUAAGCGUAUACUUGAUGAUGAAACUGAUGAUGGGAAAGGCAUUCUUUUCCUUAACACAAGAGCCAAUGACUAUGACGCGCAACUUAUCGAUAAUGAUAAAGUAAACCUCCUUAAAGCAAGGCAAGAAGGUGGUGAUCUUGAAAAUGAUCUAGAAAACCCUUUCAAAGCAAGACAUAAUGAUGACGAUGACAGUCUCGUUGAUUUGCAUGUGCUCAAGAGAAUCCUCGGUUCUAACAGUGGCAAAGAUGGAGAGGGUAACAUCCUCGGUGUUGGUGUUCUCAAGCGCGCACACGAUCUCACCGACAGUUCUGGCACCAUUGACAUAGACCUGCUUCAAAGAAGAGGUGCUCUUGGUAUCGGUGGAAAUGGUUACAGAGAUUCAACACUUGGUUUAUUUGGUAGGAUAUUUAAUGAAAAUCCACACGACGAUGAUCCACUGAUUGGUGUACUUAAGAGAGGUGGUUUACUGAGUAAUCAUGCAGAUCACGAUAACACUAUCUCCUUGGGUAUCAGUAAAAGGGGCGGGAUCCUUAACGAUGGUAGCCCAGAGUUCGCUCACAUUGGAAUAAAGAGACGUGGUCUUCUCAGUGACAAUGAUGACAAGCUUCACGUUGGCGUAAAGCGCGAUGAAGUUGAUUAUGAGAAAGAAUCCAUCGGUCUUAGAAUACUUGAUAAACGUUCAGACGAUGAAAUUGCUGGACUUGACCUCGAGUUGCGUGAUCUAAGUGACGAUGAAGCUGUGAUUGUUCGUAGAGUCUUGGGUCUCACUGAUGGUGGUCGCGAUAAUGGCAAUCUUAAAAUUGACAACCCUGUUGGUUUAAGAAGAGAUGACGUCGCCGAUAACAAGAAAGAUAAAGAGUAUGAUGCGCAAUUAGCUACUGGUGCAUGUCUUUUAAAUGGUUGUGACACCGGCGGAGGCGUAAUUGGUGUUUAACUUGCCCAACUUUCACUGCA